AUGCAUAGUUCCAAGGAUUUAAACAAUUUAAUUUUGGCCGAAUGUAAAAGUCUUUUCCAGCAUGCCCAUUGUGAAGAAACUGCUAAUGUAAUCCAGCAGUUAGGUAGCCUACGGCUACGAGUUCAAACGACGAAAAAUGAUGCAAUCGAGGGAAAAUAUUCAUCCUACUGUGUAAACGCCCAUGGUUGUGAAUUUAGGGAGAUGAAUAUCGUAGCGACAAGUUUGAAAGAAGCUGCUAAAUUAUACGGUUUAAUUUUGAAACAUGGUGGGGUUUUGAAACCUUUAGGGAGUCGACCAUGUACGAUACACGUGAAAGAAACAAACAAUGGCGACACUUUCUACUCUAAAAAUGAGAAAGGUUUUAAAGUAUGGGAUGCGGGGAAUAGGAUUUAUGCUCAAUGUUUCAUUUCAAAAAGAGACUUGCUGAUGCAUUCAAGUGAAGAAAACCAGUUUUCCAUUGGUAAUGAACAUGACACGUCCUUAUGCAAUACCACUGGAAACGCUUUGCCUUUGGAUAUAGAUUCCGCUGACGACAACGCUUCACUGAAGGUGUUGAAGAAGGUCUUCGGGCAUGACACUUUCAAACCAGGACAACUGGAAUCCAUUAAUGAAAUAAUGUCCGGAAAAGAUGUCAUAGCUGUCGUUCCAACUGGCGGCGGAAAGACAAUAAUUUAUGCUAUACCCUGCAUAUUGAAGCCAGGAAUAGCUGUAGUUGUUUCGCCAUUAAUGAUGCUCAUGUGCGACCAAGUAGCCAGACUUCGCAGUGUGGGAAUAAACACAUGUUAUUACAAUACUUUGCUGACGGAAGAACAAAGACGUAACAUACUACACAACAUUCAGCAGCCAGACUGUCAAUAUCAAUUUGUUUUUGUCAGUCCGGAAUCCGUGAUAUCAGAAUGUUUUCAGAAGUGCCUUGACACUUUAGCGCAAAAGAAAAGACUUAAUAUGUUCAUAAUCGACGAAGCACACUGUGUGGAAAACUGGGGGAAGCACUUCAGACCUUCUUAUCAAGAACUAGGAGUGCUGCGAAAGUACAACGUACAGUUUGUUGCACUAACAGGUACUGCGACUAACAGGACAUUAAGUACAAUUACUUCAUCACUGCAGAUGCAAAACGAAGUUGUUUUGAGAUUGCCAUGCAGAAGAAAUAACCUGUGCUUUUCGGUUCUUACUAAGAAAGAAACCAAAGCCAAGGAACGAAUUGCAGAAAUUAUUAGAAGCGACUUUGGUGGUCAGUGUGGCAUAGUUUAUUGUGCAAGGCAAGCAGACACGGUGGAGAUGGCAUUCCAAUUAAAGGAAAAAGAGAUUUCAUCCACGUUUUACCAUGCAGGUAUGGAUGGAGGAGAAAGAAUCAGAAAUGUGAAUUUAUGGAUGGAAGGAAAAGUUAAUGUUAUCUGCUGCACAAACGCCUUUGGGAUGGGUGUUGAUAAGAAAUGUGUGAGAUUUGUCAUACACCUUACAUUACCGUCUUCUAUUGAAGAUUACAUUCAAGAGUCAGGGAGAGGAGGACGCGACGGCGAUAGUUGUUCAUGUAUCAUGUUUUUCCGCUUUGCGGACCGGUUCUUUCAUAUUCGCAACAUUGCAGCACUUCCCAAAUCUGAUGGACAUGAAUUGUUUCUUUUGAAUAAGAUAACUAAUUUUUGCAUUCAGCAAUCCAUGUGUAGACAACAGUUUAUCUGCAAAUAUUUUGAAGAUGAUAUUGGUGAAUUGUGUAAAUCUUGUGACAUAUGCCAGAAAGACAUCACUCUUCAAGAGCAAGACAUGACAGACCAUGCAAAGGCCAUUAUCCAAUGCUUAAUAGCUAUUAUCAGACUCAAAUCUCAAAUAAAAUUAUCAGAACUAGCAAUGACAUUUAUGGGAUCAAAAGCAAAAGUUAUUCUAGAGAAGAACUUUCAUACUGUUGCACAACACGGAAAAGGAAAGGCUGCGUUUCCAAGCACUGCUGUAGUUACCCAAUUCAUCUAUUAUCUUGUCUCCCAGGGUUUCAUUAACGAGAAUAUUAACUGUUUAGAAGAUAGAAGCACUGUUACGUAUCUAACUUGUGGCAACGUUGACGACUUGUUACACGACAAAUGUCAAGUACUUUACAUCUUUUAG